UUCAGUUCAAAUCGUUUUACAAGUUUUUUUAUAAUAGGUAUUUUUAAAAAUAACAGAUGAGUUUACUGGACCUACCCACGGAAAUCGGAACAUUAAUAUUCACGUAUUUGGAUAUCAAGUCAAAAAUAAAUGUUUACAGUAUAAAUGAGUUGAAAGAGUUUUUUGCACCAUGUCUGAUGAGAAAAGUAAAUAUAUCCAGGAGUAUCGUCGCCUCAGUAAAUACAUUGAGUUCUAGUGUUCUUCAAGAUUUUGCGGUUAAUAUCCAGGAACUAAAUCUGAGUGGUAUUCAAGAUCUUACAGCAGAUAAGUUAACUCCAUACUUACAAAGAUGUACUAAUUUAAAAACCUUGGAUGUGACCUUUACCAGGAUAUUUCUAUCGGAUGUGGAACACAUUUGUUGCAAUAGUUUAAAGAAUAUUAGUAUAAAUUAUUUCAAAUGGCCUAGGAAACAUGCCAAUAAUGAUGAAGUUUGGAAAAAGGUUUCGGACAUAUUUAAAAGACAAAAGUUUGAAUAUGUACAUUUUGUUGUGUUGGAGUUUUAUGACUCUGAAUCUCCUCUCAAAUUCAUGGAAGAUAUCCCUAUGACUAAAUAUUUUAAAAUUACUCUCGCUGAUAACUACAGAGAUUAUUCAGAAACCGAUGAAUAUUAUGAAUCAGUUAAUGUUGAAGAGAGCAUUGACAUAAAUUUCGAACGUCUAUGUUACAUUUUUCGUGAUUGUAGAGUAUCUCAUAAAACUGCAAGAAGUCUAAAAGGCGUAUCAAAUUUGAACUAUAAAAAGAUAGAAUACAUUUUUAUCAUGUAUUUAGAAACAAUUUACAUUUAUGUAUCUCCAAUUUUCAGUGGGAUGUUUUCACUUUGUUGCUCUGAUCUUACUAUUAAUAUCUAUGCGCAUCUACCUUUGGAUUUCAUCUUAGACGGGAACAUAAUAUUCCUAGCUUGGAACAAAGAUAUAACAGUGUUUAAUGAGGAUUUUUUCAAAAAUGUAUUAAACGAAUUAACGGAUUAUUUUCCCACCUAUUUUUGUAUGCAUACUAAGUUGCCUAUGAACAUUACUGCAGCGCCCAGCCAUUGGUAUUGCAUAGAUUCAUGUGACACGUUUAAUGAAAUUCUAGAUGACUUGCCAGAAAAUGUUACUUUGACAGAUUUCUGUAGGAAAGGCUCAGUUGUUCGAUGGAAUCGGCUUGUAACACUUAAAUCAGAACUCAAAAGUUUGAAGAACAUAACGUUUUUAAGUUUAAGCAAUAUUUGUGCAAAAGGCGACUUCUUCGCUCACAUUUUCUUACAAUGUAAAAGACUGUAUACUAUUGACGUGUACAUUGAGAACCGUGGCCGUCCAAGCUCAUAUUCUAGUUGUACACUGUCUCUGUUUAACUCAAUGCAUCUGACAAAAUGCUUGAAGAACCUGAAGUUAACAUUAGAAGACAUAGAAUACGGGAUGGUGUUCGACUCAAUCAGUCAAUGUCCUUCUUUGGAGAACGUACAUAUAUGCGAGUACCAACGUGUUUUAGCAGACUACGAGGCGGACGAAGAUAACGUGUCUUUACUUAUAGAGAAAUGCUGCAAUUUGUACAGUCUAUUCAUUGAGGCGGACAUGGAUCCAGAGGCGUUGACUAUGCUGAUGGGUGCUUUGAGGAAUGCCGCGCAGAAUCUUGAGAAAGACCACUUAUGUGUUGAAGUGUGUGAUUGCUACGGAGGAUGGAAUCCAUUCGCAGAUGUUUUUAACCCCAGCCCGCUACGAAUAACGGAAUGAACUGUCGGUAGGUAUGUUGAUAUUUUUUGUUUAGAUUCGUAAUUUGUUAUUUAGCUGUUUAGUAAGUAUGAUGAU